AUGGUUAAGAGCAGACAAUUACAUAUACCAAGAUAUCAGUACUGCGGACGUGGUACAAAAUUAACGAAAAGAUUAGCUCGAGGUGAUCUUGGUAUAAAUCCUCUGGACGGAGCAUGUAAAGCGCAUGACAUUGCGUAUUCUAAAAAUCCUGACAAUAUGGCGGCACGUCAUGCAGCUGCUAAAGAGCUUGCUGAAAAAGCUUUACAACGUCUUUAUGCAAAAGAUGCUACCCUUGGUGAAAAAACUGUGGCUUGGGGGGUUAAUAAAACCAUGAGCGUGAAGAGAAGUUUGGGUAUGGUUAUGAAAAAGAUGGCUGCAGUUGAAAAGAAGAAGACAAUAAAGAGGGGGAAGUCUAAAAGAAAUAUGCCACAGUCCACACUGGCGACACCACUCUCUACAGUUGACCUGAAACUCGCAAAGACUUUGCUGAUAAAGUAUACACAAAGUCAGUACUAUUUGCAAGAGCUGAAACUACCGAAAGAUGGUGAUUCUCUACAACGAAAUCAUCGUCUCGCUGAAUUGAUUCCCUACGUCGACUACAAUGGAGUUCUCAGAGUCGGCGGUCGCUUGAAGAAUUCGCUACUGGAUGAUGACCAAAAAAAUCCAGCUAUUUUGUCAAGGUCAUCACGCUUAAGUACGCUACUAAUAGAACAUUCGCAUCAGACAACAUUCCACGGGGGAACUCAAUUGACUCUCGCUGAUCUACGGAGAUCUGUCUGGAUAGAAGGUGGGCGUGUUCCAGUCAGGUCUCACAUUCUUCGCUGCGUCGUGUCCACGAGACAUAGAGGUGUUCGUGCACAACAAUUAAUGGGACAAUUGCUAUCCGCUCGUGUAAGACCAUCUAGAGCAUUCUUACACACUGGAAUAAACUACGCUGGGCCAGUAACACUGAAGACAUUUCAAGGUCGAGGUGCAAAAACUUAUAAAGCAUUUCGAAGAUAUACUAGUCGGGAAGGCGCCUGCAGUACCCUAUACUCGGACUGUGGUACAAAUUUUGUAGGAGCAGACGCAAAGCUAAAAAAAGAAUUCGCAGCAGGAUCGAGACAGCUAAAGGAACUUCAGUAUUUACUCGCUACUGAUGGCACAGACUGGAAGUUCAACCCGCCAAGCGCUCCUCAUUUUGGUGUGUUAACACAGAUUAAAGCUGUGCUAAAUUCAAGACCGAUCGCUCCACUAUCCGAAGAUCCUGCAGAUUUAACCGCUCUGACUCCCGGUCACUUUCUCAUUGGUGAACCGCUAAUCGCUGUACCUGGACCUUCGCUACUGGAGAAAAAUACCGCUACGAUGUCACGCUGGCAACAACUACAACAAACGUUCCAGAAAUUUUGGAGCAGAUGGUCGUCUGAGUACCUACAACAUCAUCAGUCUAUAUCUAAGUGGCACCAUCCAUCUAAUGACAUCAAAGUGAGCUCAUUAGUCUUGUUGACUGAUGAGAGGUUCCCACCAUCGAAAUGGCCACUUGCAAGAGUACUCACAUUACACCCAGGGAGAGAUGGCUUGACUCGAGUAGUCACCCUGAAGACCGCUACUACUGAACUUGUUCGACCAAUCGCUAAAUUGUGUGCACUACCACUUCACUCUCCAGAUGACAAUCCUGUCGACACCGUCGCCAGCGCUGAGGAGAAUGUUCAUUCUCGAGCUUGA